AUGGACGGCAGCCAGAGCACAUCCACGUCCAACGGCUCGUCGCAACGUCGCAGGCUCACCAAGAAACCUCCCCCUUCGUACCAUACCCACACCCGCUCGUCGAGUGGCCUCGAUGGUGGCAUCGACACCAGGUCUCUCCAGAGCAAACGCAGCUCGACCAGCUUGAAGCGCGCUCCUUCCGCUCCACCUGUGCGGACGACCCCCUCAAACGCUGCUUCAGCUCAUAGUUCUCCCCGUCACCUCCCCUCAAGUCAGACGCACCUUCCCAAUCCCUCCCCCAUCCUGCCUCAGGGUCAGUUCGCCGCCGCCAACAACGCCAACGCCAACUCCCUCUCGCUCUCACUCUCAAACAACUCGCACUCACACUCCGUCGCUCCUUCCCCCAGUGCUGCGUCCUUUCAUAACACCAGCAUUAACCACCUUCACAACCACCACCAGCCCGCCGUGAACCUGAACCAGAACCAGAACCCGAACCCCCAGUCCGCGUCCCACCCGACGACAGCUCAGGUGCAGGCCCAGGCCCAGGCGCAGCCUCAGACCUCCUCCUCCUCCUCCACCUUUCACAACGCUGCUUCCGCUUCCUACGCUGUUCACCCUCACCACCAGCAGAACUUUAGCCACCAAAACAACAACAACCACCUCCUCCAUCACCACAACCUGCUGCACAACAACUUCUCGACCAACAACAACAGCAGCUCCUCCUCCAACUCCAAUAGUAGUCCCGUCGGCAUCGGUGUCGGUGUUGGCAUCGGCAUCGCACACUCCAGUGAUUCCUCCGUAGCUGACCCCAGCGCGCCUCUCUCGUCGCAACCCCACGACGAAUUCAUCGGCGCUCCCUUCGACGGCGCUGCCGUCCUGAGCCGCAUCGAGCAGACAAAGUCCCCCGUCGCCCAGUCUCACCCGCUGCCUCUCCAGCACCCGCACCCUCACCAGCAUCAGGCACCCGCCGCCUACCAGCGCCAGAACGCCCCCACGCCGCUGCUCAAGUCUGUCACCGACACGCGCAUCACAAAGAGCCCCCGACUGCGACAGUCCCAGAGCUUCACGAACGAUUUCUCCUCCUCAAUGAUGAACGAAAAAUCACAAGGCGGUCGGGUGACGGAGAACUCAAUGAUCAGCCCCAAGAGAUACUCGGACGAGGCAAAGGAGCCCCGUAUGGGCGUCCUGCGCAAGAAGUCGGGCUUCUCUGGCUUCAUGAACAGUCUGGUCGGCACCCCAAAGAAGCCUGUCAUCUCGGCACCAGAGAAUCCCGUCCAUGUCACCCACGUCGGCUACGACAGCUCUACCGGCCAGUUUACCAGAUUGAUCAACGAAAGUGGAAUUCCCGAGAAGGAACGCAGGGAGAACCCCCAGACCAUGGUUGACAUCAUCACAUUCUACAAGGAAACGACCGAAAAGCCAGCCGAGGAUCAGGUUUUGGAGAAGUUCCACGAUGCAAGAGCGCCUGAUUACCGCCAAUUUGCAAAUGCAAGCAACUCACCGUCGGGUGCCAUGUCGCCGGGCAUGUAUCCGCCAACAACUUAUAUGGGAGUCGGAGGCUCCAAAGGCCCCGGUAAAGAUGUGAAUCUCAUGCCCAGUCGCCCGGCCCCGAAGCCCCCCGUCAGCCUCCCGAUGAGGUCUGCUCCGUCGCCCUACCCCGCCAAGGACUCCGGCAUUGGAAUGUCUCAGCCCGGCGAAGACCUGCCCCCGGUCGCAUACCAACCGCCCAAGGAGAACGUCCCCAUGCUUCCCGAAGAGCAUCGUGGAGAGCACCGAUCCCGAUCCCGAUCCAACUCGCGUGUUGGCGCCUCGCCUGGCUACGUCCCCCCCACACCUAACCCUCAAAAUGCCCAGGCGAACGUUUACCAGCAGCAACUCAUGCAGCAGCAGCAGGAGCAGGCCCUCGCGCAGGCUCAGGCCGCCAUGACUGGCCAGGGCCAGAUUGGUCGCGCUCCCAGCAAGAGACAGCCCGCCCAGCAGCCGACCCCUCCCCAAUCGCAGUAUCCUCAAGGCCCCACAAACGGAGGUCCCGGCCAGCGACAGCAAGUUGGCGUUGCUGGCGCUCCUGGCUCCAGACCCCGUCGCCAGAGACAGAGCACCGGUAUCGACGUCGUCGCCGCCCUCAAGCGCAUUUGUUCCGAUGGCGAUCCCCGUGAGGUUUACAAGAACUUCAACAAGAUUGGCCAGGGUGCUUCCGGUGGCGUGUACACGGGAUACGAGCGAGGCUCCAACCGAUUGGUGGCUAUUAAGCAGAUGAACCUGGAGCAGCAACCGAAGAAGGACCUGAUUAUUAACGAGAUCUUGGUCAUGAAGGACAGCUCGCACCCCAACAUUGUCAACUUCAUCGACAGCUACCUUUGCGGAGGCGAGCUCUGGGUUGUCAUGGAGUUCAUGGAGGGCGGUAGUCUCACGGAUGUUGUUACCUUCAACAUCAUGACUGAGGGACAAAUCGCUUCCGUCUGCCGAGAGACGCUGAAGGGUCUGCAGCACCUGCACUCUAAGGGAGUCAUCCACCGCGACAUCAAGUCCGACAACAUUCUCCUGUCGAUGGAGGGCAACAUCAAGCUGACUGAUUUCGGAUUCUGCGCGACAAUCAACGAGGCCCAGAACAAGCGCACCACGAUGGUCGGUACGCCGUAUUGGAUGGCCCCCGAGGUCGUCACGCGUAAGGAGUACGGACGCAAGGUCGACAUCUGGUCUCUGGGUAUCAUGGCCAUUGAGAUGAUCGAGGGCGAGCCGCCAUACCUGACCGAGUCUCCUCUGAGAGCCUUGUGGUUGAUCGCCACCAACGGUACCCCUCAGAUCAAGGAGGAGGCCCAGCUGUCGCCAGUUUUCCGCGACUUCCUCUACUUUGCACUCAAGGUCGACCCGGAGAAGAGAGCCAGCGCGCAUGACCUCCUUAGACAUGAGUUCAUGAAGGGAUGUGUUGAUCUCGCUCAACUUUCACCGUUGGUCCGCGCUGCUAGGGAAGCACGUCUCGCAGAAAAGGCUAGGAAGGGACAGUAG